AUGUUCAGUUGUCUCAUCCUCGACCGGUUACUAUCAUGUGGAUGCGAGCGAGUUUCCAUGGUUCGAUCCGACGACUUGCAGAUCCAACUGCCGUGUACCGAACACGCGUUCGAUCUGGGCCGGGCCGUCUACACCGGCUUCCUCCGACAGGUGGGACAAGAGAUGGAGCGCCCUAUCGACGACAGCGUUCUCAGCCGCUUUGUGCAACUCGCCGACUUUUGGGGAGACAUUACCAAGUACAGCUUUGCUGGUGGCCGCCACACGGAAGCGUAUCCCCCUUGGAAUAAGGACUCAACUUUUUAUCAGCUCAAUACCAAGGUAGAGGCCUUUUAUGCUCAUCUGCCAGAAGAGUUCACCUGGUCUAGUUCAAAUUUUUGGAAACAUGAUAACAGCAUGUAUGUGUCCUUGCACAUGCUUGGAGCCCUCUGCCGGAUCAUGCUACAUCGAGAGUACAUACCCUUCAUCGCUAUCAAAUGCGAGAAGCCAAUCGGGCCUUUGGACGAGCCAGUCUUCGAUCCCGCCAUCGUUCCGGACGACUUUUGGUAUCGAAGUGCGGAGCAGGUUUUCAAAGCUGCGCGGGAGAUCAUUGACUUGAUCAGGACAUGCCGCGACAAGCUACCUCAAUCGUCUCUUGUCAUUUUCGCCAUUUGGCAGGCGGCGUUUGUGGGAAUUUACGCGCGUCACUAUCCUCAGCUGGACACCGAAAAGCACAUGGUCAGCGAUGAAGAGAUCCAGGAACGAGCUUCAGGAGCGAUACCCGACCUCACGAAAACAGGAAACACCGGGAUCUCCUACACCGCACUGCAGAGGGUCGCUCCAUAUUUCAGCAUGGCUUCAAAUUACGUGACGUACUUCAAGGACAUGGAUCAAUACUUCACGAAGGUCUUUGUGGAUUAUACCCGGCGAAACGGUAGAAGGAGCGGCGAUGGAACACUGAGCAUUCGGUUGGGCUCGGGAGGCGGUGGGCUUGAGGAGUGGAGGGUCAAGGCCGAUAGGAUUACAAGCAAUGGUAUCAUCAUGGAUGAAGAUCGAUCUCUCGGGUACGACGCCUCGGAUGGCUCCCGAGCAAGCACUCUGGAACGCAGCUCUUCAAUGGGACCCGAGUACUCCCACCUGAGUGCCAGCGGCGGCUUGGAAAGCAGGCGAGACUCGCGACAGGCAGCCUCCUCGUUUACGGCGAUUAACAGUGCUCAAUAUCCCGUCGGGCAGGAGGGCUACCCAGGUGGCAAUAUGUCGCAGCAUUCGCCGACGCAGACAUUCGCAACAGCACCCGGGCCCCUGAGCAAUGAGGCUGCCAUGAACGCAGGCGCCGGCGGCGCGGAUGUCGCCAACAUCGAGUCAUAUGUCAACCAGCACCAGGGUCAGCGUUUUGGAAUCGCCCUCGAGGAUCUUGAAGAGUUUACUGGGCAGAUGGCUGCCGACCAAAAUAUCGGGGAUUGGGGGCCGGCGUUUUUCUCACAGGUGGCUGGAGGCAAUCCCCUGCCUCAGUUCAGUGAGAGCUAUACCUGA